GCAAGAAGACACCGAGCGUUCCCUGGUUUGCCCCAAAGGCGAGCAGAAUGUGAUCAAACCAUUUUUCGCAUCUACAAAGGAGUCAAGGCAUUUUCAUUCUGUAAGAGAAAGAACUUGCUGAUUACAGGUGGAAUGGAUCGAAUCAUUCGAGUCUGGAAUCCUUAUCUGCCUGGAAAACCAACAGGUAUGCUGAAAAGCCACACAUCUCCAGUGAUCUACAUCCAUGCAACUGCUGAGGAUAACAAAAUAUUUUCCAUGUCCGCCGACAACACUAUUAAGAUCUGGGAUCUGGACACGGACAGCUGCUUGUUUACUGCCUCCUCCAAAGCCAGUGGUAUUAAGGGGGAGUUUGCAGCCUGCCUCUAUCUCCCCCACUCCAGAGCCCUGUGUGUGGCCACUGACACCAUCACACUCCUGCACCUGCAACUGAGGUCUCCCUCAGAGCCUUCCCUGGUGAUUUCCCACCAGGAGCCUGUGGUCUGUUGCUGCUACAACCCAACCUUCAGGCACGUGGUCAGCUGCUCAGAAGCGUCUGUGGUAAAAGUGUGGGACUUUGAAACAGGAAGGCCAUUGUCUGGAUUUACUGGGGCUCAUGGCAAUGCUGGAAUCACGUGUCUGACCUUUGACUCCAAUGGGAAAAGGCUAGUCACCGGGGGCAGAGAUGGCUGUCUGAAAAUAUGGAGCUACAACAAUGGACAUUGUCUGCACACACUGAAACAUGAUGAAAAGCCAAGUGAAGUCUGUGAUUGUACCUACUUGGAGGUGAACCAAAAUAAGUGCAUCAUAGCUGUUGGAUGGGACAGAAGAAUAAAUGUGUAUUUUGAUGCACCAUGUGACUUUCAUCACUUCUGGAAGCCGCAGCCACACUGGCAGGAUGACCUGAACCAUGGGCACAAGGAUGACAUCCUCUGUGUGGUUCAAUGUCCACCUUUUCUUCUUGCGACCUCCAGUUAUGAUGGGGAGGUCAUCAUUUGGAACGUCGUCUCAGGCCACAUUUACUGCAAGCUGAACACUCCCAGCCCCUCUGAUGGUGCAGAAGAAGGAAAAGGUCCAGACCAGAGCGUUUCUUGCCUCGCCUUCCUGAAGACUCGGGCUGCCAAGUUUGAAUCAGUGGCUGCUUCCCUAAUCGCCAAUGGACCCCAAGGCUCUGUCACCUUCUGGAGGCUGUUCGGGGAGGCCUGUCCCAUUGCAAACUUCACUCCCUCUAGAGACAAAGCGCCUGUCAGCAGCAUCGCAAUGACAGCAGGAGAUGCCUUCGCCUACAUGGCUGACCAGGAAGGCUUUGUGCAUGUCUAUGACAUCAAAGAGUAUGGCCUGCAGGGACCCGAGCUGUAGCCCCCCAAGAAGGUGACCUUCUGGAGGGCCCAUGUCAGUGUGGUGACAUCUUUGGAGCUGAUAGAAGAACAGUUUCUGCUGUCAUCCUCCCUUGACUGUACCAUGCGCCUAUGGAGCAGAGAUGGGGAGUACAUAGGAACCUUUGGGCAGGACAGCCCCUGGGAUAUUUUCACUCCUGCCUCCUGGAGCCACCCUCGAGUGCCUUGUGAAAUUUUGACUGAUCCCCAGAGCAUGCCUGCUCACCCUGUGCUGGAUGGGGAUGUUGCUGCUCUGCACACUGGAAAUGAGGAGCAAGACAACGCAGUGGAAGAAAAGGCUAAGCCUGAAAAUACCCCUAACCCUUGCUCUCCAGAAGACUCGAUCCUUGAAGUUGAAAUGAAAGAAGACAUAAAUAAAUGGUAUGCAUUUUGCAAAGGCUGUUUAACAUCUCACCUGCAUGACUGGACACUCUGCACCCUGGUUUUGUCUAACCAUCCCAUGCAGUCAAGUGUGUUCUUUACCUCGAGCGCCAUGGCUGAUGUUGCUGCCCUCAAGGCUGCCCUCAAGGCUGCAUAUGACAGGACAUCUCUCUGUUCACCUGCAGCCACUCUGACCUCCUGA